GACGGCGCGGAGUCGCGACCGACGCCAUAUUAAGGAGCGUGGAGCCCGGGAUACCGUCAGCGGGGACCGCGGCCGGACGCGGCGUAGCUGCGCUCAGCGGAGGCGGGCGCGGCGCCCGGAGAGGCGGGGCCGGCGGAGCCAGCGGGCGACGGGAGCGAGCCAGGGGACACGGGUUCGAGCCCUGGUCCGGGAAGAUCCCACAUGCCAUGGAGCAACUAAGCCCGUGCGCCACAACUACUGCGCCUGCACUCUAGAGCCCACGAGCCACAACUGUGGAGCCCACGCGCCACGAUUACUGAAGCCUGCGCGCCUAGAGCCCACGCUCCACAACAAGAGAAGCCACCGCAAUGAGAAGCCCGCACACCACAACUAGAGAAAGCCCUCGUGCAGCAACGAAGACCCAACGUAGCCAAAAAUUAAAAAAAGAAAAAAGCUUUGUUCUUAGAGGGGUCAGAAAUAUCAGUCAAGCCUUGUACCGCUCUAAACCAUGCCACUCUCUUGCCCAGCCCAAAUCCCAACACCCCUCUACUACAUUCCUGUUUAGAAGUUGUUGAUCAUGCCUACAGUGCUAGGCCAGCUCUACAGGACACCCCUUUACCCAACCCAGAUGCAGAAUGGUUUACAGACAGCAGUAGUUUCAUUUGAGAAGGUCGAAAGGUUUCGGGAUAUGCAAUAGUCAGUUUAACAGAGGUGGUAGAGUCAGGCCCACUCCAUGGGGCAACUACCUCUGCCCGGAAAGCAGAGCUUAUAGCACUAGCUAGAGCGCUCCAACUGGGAAAAGGACUACGAAUUAACAUUUACACAGACUCAGCAUACGCCUUCCAUGUAGUCCAUGCUCAUGCGGCCAUUUGGAAGGAAAGGGCCUACUGACCACACAUAACACCCCAAUCAAACAUGGACCAGAAAUCCUGGACCUAUUAGAGGCCAUAAAAUUCUCUAGGGAAUUAGCUGUCAUCCACUGCAGGGCAUACCAGAAGAACCUGUUGGACAUAACCAAAGGAAAUAAUAUAGCAGAUAGGGAAGCCAAAGGGCCCCCCUAAACGUCCUACAGGCUCCCCUGAUCCGAAGUUUAGACCCUUCACCACCACAGUACUCACCAUCGGCACUUAAAGAGGGACAAAACCGUGGGUUCACUCUAACCCCUGAAGGGUAGCUACAGAGCCCAGACACCAAACUUCUUUUACUAGAAGCCUCCCAAUGGAAGAUUCUAAACCACCUUCAGCAGGCUACCCAUUUAGGAGCCAAAUCCCUCUUCAGACUGGUGGGGACAAUAUUCACAGGAAAAGGAAUCCUCUCAACCCUCCAAUCUAUAUCCCAGGCCUGUCCGGUCUGUCACCGGGCCAACCGAGAAGGGGCUAUAAACACCCCCGCCGCUGUUCCAUCCAAUCCAAAGGCAGGGGAACCAACCAGGAGAAGAUUGGCAGAUGUAUUUCACCCACAUGCCCCCUUGUAAAGGCUUCAGGAACGGAGACCACUCGAAGCAGUGUGGACAGGACCAUACAAAGCCCUGCUGGCCACCCCUACAGCUGCCAAAAUACAAGGCUUUACUCUUUGGAUCCAUAUGUCGUGACUAAAGGCAGCCCCUCCUCCAGAGGACAAGAAUCCUCAAUCCACCAGAGUGAUUCACCAGAUGCCUCCUAUAGUUGCGAGCCUUUGGACAGCCUCCGCUUUCUCUUCAAAAGACAGGUGAUGCCUCCCCAACCCUCAAGCCUCGAUAGCCUGAUUUUUUAAUCUUGUCACCCUCCUUUUCUUUUUCUGGGCUUUUCCCCUCCCAUGGGUUAUCCUAUUCUACUCCUGUGGAACUGCCUCUUGGUAUUUUUGUCUUAACUCAAAUAUCCCAAAGGUGGUAUAACUAAUUCCACCCACACCAUCCGCUCCUAAUUUAAAUGUGCACUAUGAGUCACCUCCUCAGUCUGACCUUUCCGUCGUCUCCCUCCGAUUGGCCUCGGAUUUCUGCCUCAGCACUCUGCUUUUACUGCUCCUUAUUACAAGAUAUAAACCUCCAAAACCCCCAUCUAUUGAAUCUAACCCCAACCCAACAACGACAAUACAUAUAUCAGUUAGCAUGGGACAAAACCCUCCAAGGAGACUUUCAAGAUUAUACCCCGGACCAACUUUAUCAAUACUUAAACAUAGCCUCCUAAAAACCGUUCUGAUUCUUCUCCCUUUUUCCAUUCCUGUGCAUACAUACAGUCGUCACCCAUAUUUACCGCCAGUUCAGGAAGCCCUCAAACUCCUCAACCAGUCUUCACCAGGUUCAUACAGAAACUGCUGGAUGUGUACCACUGUCUCCUGUCAGUAUGGCCUAAAGGCAAUUCCCAUUCCAUCAGAUGAAUGGAACCAACUUGAAUCCUAUUUAGCCCCCUCAUAUUUCGAUGGACCAGGAUGGGCCGUCAAUUCUAGAGUAAAACCUACAGUGGACCAUAUACUUCUCAACCACAUACAUCAGAGGUCUCACUAUAACUUUCAAGUGCCCAUAUUCUCCUUAGUCUCUAUGGCACAACCGGCUCCUCUAUAUGUAUCCUCUCUCUCUCGACCAGGGCCCCCUGUAGGUAAAUUCCUCAAUAUUUCCCAGGCCUGUAAUCAUACGUUCACCCUUUCCCCUACCCAAACAUGGGUUUCCCUCAUAACUGACGACAAAACAAACUAUCCCCAUACAUACUAUUUUGAUUCCCCUUUCUACAGCAUUUACUUCCCAAAACCUCCCAAUGUUACCACCGAUUGGACACAGGCUAGCUAUUUUGGGACCUCCAUCUGCCCCACCCCAUCCCCAAGUUGUCCCUAUCAGAACCACAAUAUUUGGUUCCAACCCUCUAAUAUUAAACAAGAAGACUACAGAAAACUCAAGACACCCGAGGACUAUGACAUAGGGUGGAACCCUACUAUUCCUUUUUUUAACUGGGCUUAUAACUUUUCCCAUUCCUCAAAGAUUGCUUGCCUCUCCCCUUUAGCUGGAAUGACUUUAGCUACCACCUAUGGGGGCAUAGAACAUUCCCGUACUCAUUUAGGGAAACCCUACUUCAACAUCACUUUAGCAAUCAAUGCUUUUUUAAAAAAAAAUUUAUUUAUUUUCAUUUAUUUAUUUUUGGCUGUGUUGGGUCUUCGUUUCUGUGCGAGGGCUUUCUCUAGUUGCGGCAAGUGGGGACCACUCUUCAUCGCGGUGCGUGGGCCUCUCACUAUCGCGGCCUCUCGUUGCGGAGCACAGGCUCCAGACGCGCAGGCUCAGUAAUUGUGGCUCACGGGCCCAGCUGCUCCGCGGCAUGUGGGAUCUUCCCAGACCAGGGCUUGAACCCGUGUCCCUUGCAUUGGCAGGCAGAUUCUCAACCACUGUGCCACCAGGGAAGCCCCCAACAUCACUUUAGACAUCUGCUUAGACCCUACAAAUCAGCAUCUAUUUCCUUUGCUGAUCCAAUGUUUAUUUAUGCCUUCCAGCCAACUGAAUGGGGACCUGUACCCUUGCAUACAUUAUUCCUAACCUUACCCUUAUCAGUGACCGUAUCCUGCUUUCCUUAUACUCUCAAUCACAUAAACAAAAGCAGGCAGCCCUCACUGUAAUACCAGUCCUAGGGAUUAUUAUUGGGAUAGGAACAGGCUCAGCUGGAUUUUAAACUCUAUUUUCACUGC